AUGUCAGACCUCUGUGUUGGAAUCAACGGGUUAGCGUUACAUUCACCUUUAAUACACAAAUUGUUGCAUAUUUAUCAAAAACCGUGUUAAACACUGCCAUUCAAAAAAUGGGAAAUGACCCAUCAUGUGCACCAACAAAGACAUCCAGCCCCAGUUAACACUAGUUAUGUAAUAAUAACAGGCUAUGAAGCAAUAUAAAGGUGCAAUGCAAUUGCAAAACACACUGAUAACUGAAGGCUCUAUAGUGUAAAUCGCAUUUGGGAGCAGCAAACAAUGAACACUGAACAGACAUUGGUCGUCUUCCUCUGGGUAUCAGUCGGCCCCCACAGAGCCUGUUGUUGUCAUCAGGGGCCAGUUGCACCAGUUGGGCAUAAAGUUGGUCUUAAAUGCUAGUUCGGGCUUAGCUACGUCCAACGUUGGGAUCAGAAUUUACACCUGUUGCACCAACCAAAAAUAAGACUAGUCGUAGUUAAGUCCGGUGUAAGCAGUGCGCGUUCAUGAGAUUUGAUGCUUCAUAAUGAUGGUUGCUAGGCAGCGCCCGUUACGAGGCUGUCACCAUCCUUCACAAAGCCCACCACUAUGCAUGCACGUUUUCUUAACCACAUCUGGAUGGGUUAAUCAAUAAUUACUGUGGGAAUGAAUAUCACUGAAUGAUGAAACUAUUGGAAAAAAGUAGGCUAAUGCCAUUGAAGGUAUUUAUCAUAUUGUUGCUUACUGAAACUCCCAAAGUCAUUCAACCAUUUGAAAUACUUUAAAGUAAUAGCCGUGUGUGGUCAACUAUAACUUCAGCACCAUUAUGAUUGGGACCGCGCCAUCGCACUGCUUUGAGACAAGCGUCGGGACUCGUCUUGAUAAAUCAAUCAAUGUCAGAUUUUUGUUUUCACUGAAUCUCCAUUGAGAUAUUUGGUGACAAUUAGGCUGGGAAAAUGUUAGCCAAGUUGAGGUGAGUGCUCAUCUAACAGUGUUAUCAGAACAUUUUGCUAGCAUGUUAUGUAGCCUACACUAGCCUAGUAUAACAGGUGGAUUAUUUAGCUCUUCACUGGCGUAGUAGCCUAGGCUAUAUCCCAAUUAAAAGCCUUUGCCUUUUUUCUUUAUUUUGUUCUAGGGGGUAGAUCAGCUUUAAUAUUGCAGAUAGAUUGUAACUUCCAUCAAUGUAAUUGUCUGCAUCACUUCCAAUCCCCCAUAUGUGUUUUUUUCUCGCAAAUAUAUAUACAGUGGGGAGAACAAGUAUUUGAUACACUGCCGAUUUUGCAGGUUUUCCUACUUACAAAGCAUGUAGAGGUCUGUAAUUUUUGAUGACACCAGUGACUGUUCUGCUCAACUUGACCUUAUUCAGAGAUAUUAUUUGCGGUAAUAAUGGUCAGACCCUGUUCACUGUUCAGGUAGCACAGGAGACAUCAGAAAGUCUCCUAAAAAUAGAGCAAUGAUGGAGGGGCUAGGCUGAAACAGGAUGAAGACAGUAAUAAUCAAUCACAGUUGGAAGGAGACAGAAGGGGCCAGAUAUUAAUCAUCACACACAGAUGGGCCUUGUUCAAAUGAACAUGACUCAGGAGGAGUGACAGAGGAUAUGGACACAUACAGUAAUAAUCAAGGCCAGAUGGAAUGGCCUAUCUACCUGAGAGGAUGGAUGAAGGCAGUAAUAAUCAAGGCCAGAUGGAGUGGCCUAUUUACCUGAGAGGAGGAAGGCAAUAAUAAUCAUGGCCAGAUGGAGUGGCCUAUAUACAGUGGGGAGAACAAGUAUUUGAUACACUGCCGAUUUUGCAGGUUUUCCUACUUACAAAGCAUGUAGAGGUCUGUAAUUUUUUUAUCAUAGGUACACUUCAACUGUGAGAGACGGAAUCUAAAACAAAAAUCCAGAAAAUCACAUUGUAUGAUUUUUAAGUAAUUAAUUUGCAUUUUAUUGCAUGACAUAAGUAUUUGAUCACCUACCAACCAGUAAGAAUUCCGGCUCUCACAGACCUGUUAGUUUUUCUUUAAGAAGCACUCCUGUUCUCCACUCAUUACCUGUAUUAACUGCACCUGUUUGAACUCGUUACCUGUAUAAAAUACACUUGUCCACACACUCAAUCAAACGGACUCCAACCUCUCCACAAUGGCCAAGACCAGAGAGCUGUGUAAGGACAUCAGGGAUACAAUUGUAGACCUGCACAAGGCUGGGAUGGGCUACUGGACAAUAGGCAAGCAGCUUGGUGAGAAGGCAACAACUGUUGGCGCAAUUAUUAGAAAAUGGAAGAAGUUCAAGAUGACGGUCAAUCACCCUCGGUCUGGGGCUCCAUGCAAGAUCUCACUUCGUGGGGCAUCAAUGAUCAUGAGGAAGUUGAGGGAUCAGCCCAGAACUACACGGCAGGACCUGGUCAAUGACCUGAAGAGAGCUGGGACCACAGUCUCAAAGAAAACCAUUAGUAAGACACUACGCCGUCAUGGAUUAAUAUCCUGCAGCGCACGCAAGGUCCCCCUGCUCAAGCCAGCGCAUGUCCAGGCCCGUCUGAAGUUUGCCAAUGACCAUCUGGAUGAUCCAGAGGAGGAAUGGGAGAAGGUCAUGUGGUCUGAUGAGACAAAAAUAGAGCUUUUUGGUCUAAACUCCACUCGCCGUGUUUGGAGGAAGAAGAAGGAUGAGUACAACCCCAAGAACACCAUCCCAACCGUGAUGCAUGGAGGUGGAAACAUCAUUCUUUGGGGAUGCUUUUCUGCAAAGGGGACAGGACGACUGCACCGUAUUGAGGGGAGGAUGGAUGGGGCCAUGUAUCGCGAGAUCUUGGCCAACAACCUCCUUCCCUCAGUAAGAGCAUUGAAGAUGGGUCGUGGCUGGGUCUUCCAGCAUGACAACGACCCGAAACACACAGCCAGGGCAACUAAGGAGUGGCUCCGUAAGAAGCAUCUCAAGGUCCUGGAGUGGCCUAGCCAGUCUCCAGACCUGAACCCAAUAGAAAAUCUUUGGAGGGAGCUGAAAGUCCGUAUUGCCCCGAAACCUGAAGGAUCUGGAGAAGGUCUGUAUGGAGGAGUGGGGCCAAAAUCCCUGCUGCAGUGUGUGCAAACCUGGUCAAGACCUACAGGAAACGUAUGAUCUCUGUAAUUGCAAACAAAGGUUUCUGUACCAAAUAUUAAGUUCUGCUUUUCUGAUGUAUCAAAUACUUAUGUCAUGCAAUAAAAUGCAAAUUAAUUACUUAAAAAUCAUACAAUGUGAUUUUCUGGAUUUUUGUUUUAGAUUCCGUCUCUCACAGUUGAAGUGUACCUAUGAUAAAAAUUACAGACCUCUACAUGCUUUGUAAGUAGGAGAACCUGCAAAAUCGGCAGUGUAUCAAAUACUUGUUCUCCCCACUGUAUAUAUACACACAUACAUAUAUAUACAUACAUAUCCUUUAAAAAAAAUAUAUUUCCCUUUAUUAGUUUCCAACCCCUUCCCGCUUAGGCCUCUACUUCCAGUUUAUACAUACUAUAUACAGUCGUGGUAAAAAGUUUUGAGAAUGACACAAGUAUUGGUCAUAACAAAGUUCGCUGCUUCAGUGUUAUGAGAUAUCUUUGUCAGAUGUUACUAUGGUAUACUGAAGUAUAAUUACAAGCAUUCCAUAAGUGUCAGGCUUUUUUGACAAUUACAUUAAGUUUAUGCAAAGAGUCAAUAUUUGCAGUGUUGACCCUUCUUUUUCAAGACCUCUGCAAUCCACCCUGGCAUGCUGUCAAUUAACUUCUGGGCCACAUCCUGACUGAUGGCAGCCCAUUCUUGCAUAAUCAAUGCUUGGAGUUUGUCCGAAUUUGUGGGUUUUUGUUUGUCACCCGCCUCUUGAGGAUCGACCACAAGUUCUCAAUGGGAUUAAGGUCUGGGGAGUUUCCUGGCCAUGGACCCAAAAUGUCGAUGUUUUGUUCCCUGAACCACUUAGUUAUCACUUUUGCCUUAUGGCAAGGUGCUCCAUCAUGCUGGAAAAGGCAUUGGUCGUCACCAAACUGUUCUUGGAUGGUUGGGAGAAGUUGCUCUCCGAGGAUGUGUUGGUACCAUUCUUUAUUCAUGGCUGUGUUCUUAGGCAAAAUUGUGAGUGAGCCCACUUCCUUGGCUGAGAAGCAACCCCACACAUGAAUGGUCUUAGGAUGCUUUACUGUUGGCAUGACACAGGACUGAUGGUAGCGCUCACCUUGUCUUCUCUGGACAAGGUGUUUUCCGGAUGCCCCAAACAAUCGGAAAGGGGAUUCAUCAGAGAAAAUGACUUUACCCCAGUCCUCAGCAGUCCAAUCCUUGUACCUUUUGCAGAAUAUCAGUCUGUCCCUGAUGUUUUUCCUGGAGAGAAGUGGCUGCCUCGCUGCCCUUCUUGACACCAGGCCAUCCUCCAAAAGUCUUCGCCUCACUGUGCGUGCAGAUGCACUCACACCUGUCUGCUGCCAUUUCUGAGCAAGCUCUGCACUGGUGGUGCCCCGAUCCCGCAGCUGAAUCAACUUUAGGAGAUGGUCCGGGCGCUUGCUGGACUUUCUUGGGCGCCCUGAAGCCUUCUUCACAACAAUUGAACCUCUCUCCUUGAAUUUCUUGAUGAUCCAAUAAAUGGUUGAUUUAGGUUCAAUCUUACUAGCAGCAAUAUCCUUGCCUGUGAAGCCCUUUUUGUCCAAAGCAAUGAUGACGGCACGUGUUUCCUUGCAGGUAACCAUGGUUAACAGAGGAAGAACAAUGAUUACAAGCACCGCCCUCCUUUUAAAGCUUCCAGUCUGUUAUUCUAACUCAAUCAGCAUGACAGAGGGAUCUCCAGCCUUGUCCUCGUCAACACUCUCACCUGUGUUAACGGGAGAAUCACUGACAUGAUGGCAGCUGGUCCUUUUGUUGCAGGGCUGAAAUGCAGUGGAAAUGUUUUUUGGGGAUUAAGUUCAUUUUCAUGGCAAAGAGGGACUUUGCAAUUAAUUGCAAUUCAUCUGAUCACUCUUCAUGACAUUCUGGAGUAUAUGCAAAUUGCCAUCAUCAAAACUGAGGCAGCACUUUGUGAAAAUUAGUAUUUGUGUCAUUCUCAAAACUUUUGACCACGUCUGUACAUUUCAUGGACACAGUCAAUUUUACAAUAAUUCAAUUUAGUUUGUUUUUACUCCUGAACUUCCUCUACCCUCAACCUCUCCGAUCAUUUUAAUGAUGUCCAUCCGGUUUGCUUCUAUAUGCCAUAUCUUUCUAACUGUGCUCUUUCACAAAAGCUCUCAACCUAUAACGUAUAGACUUAUUAUGAACACAGUAUGCUUUACAUUAGUUAUCUUGUUGUUGUUAGUUGUUAUAGUCCCAUCCUUCAGCUCCAUUCAACACCUCCCAUCUAUCUCUUAACACCAUCCAUAUUGGAUUUCUAUUUGCCAUAUAUUUUUCAACUGUACUGUGACCCUUCUAUUCUCAUUGUUUCUACAAAUUGUAAAAGUAUUAUUAUUACAUUUUAGUCAUUUAGUAGACGCUCUUAUCCAGAGCGACUUAGUGAGUGCAUACAUUUUCAUACUGGCCCCCCGUGGGAAUCGAACCCACAACCCUGGCGUUGCAAACACCAUGCUCUACCAACUGAGCUACACGGGACUGACUUCUCAGAUCACCCAGAAGCCUUUGACUUGUCUGAUAAUCAAUCAAUGUGAUUUUGUUUCACAGAAUCUCCGUUGUAUACAGUAUUUGGUUAUUUGAUCUCUGGUUGGGCAAAUAAGUGGAGGUGGCAGCUCAUCUAUUCGUUUGCUAAUAUCUGAUCAGACACAUUUAGCAUGGUAUGUAGCAUAAAUCAAGUGUAUUAUUGACGCAUAGGCGCAUAGGCAACUCGGAAAGCCCACAGAGGCUGUGUAAUAUGAACACGACACUCACAUCCUUUUGAAAAUAUAGAUUGCUAUUAUUUUCUGUGCAUAUCAUGAAAGAAGAUCGUCCCAAUUUUACACCAUAGGCCUGCUCCCUACUAGGCUUUGAAUCUACGCCCAGGCAUAGCUCAUAGAAGGGCUGACUUUUUACGUCGGAUGUAGAGUUACGACCCACUUACGGCCAACUGGUGCAACCGGCCCCAGAAGGUGUGGUGUUGAGGGGAGUCAGUGUUAGAUGGGAAGAGGAGGACAGCACUGUUAACAGAUAAUGAGGAUUACACUGUAAAUUAGCACCCCAAGGAAAGCACACAAACACGCGUACAACACAGAGUCACACGGUCAAGUACACACAUUUCUUCAGUCACACAUCCACAUGACGUGUAAAUCCUAACUCAAACAUGUUGAUUUAGCAUCAUCUGGAAUUUUUCACAACAGUCCCAAUACACAGAGGCCGGACGAGGGAAUUUUAGAAUGUUUUUAGGGGAGCAAUCCCAUGUCGCCCUGUGUCUGGGUACUGAAUCCACCCUUUCCCUCUCUCUGUCCAGAUUUGGCCGUAUCGGCCGCCUGGUCCUCAGGGCCUGCCUGCAGAAGGGAAUCAAAGUUGUUGCCAUCAACGAUCCCUUCAUUGACCUGCAGUACAUGGUGAGCUGAGUCUCUUUCACAGUCCCUCAAUCAACAGCCUUCAUAUAAAAUGUCACCCUGCCAUAUUAAGCAGAGGAGGCCAGACCACACUACCUGUGUGCUUACGUGGUACUAUUUACUGUAAUAACACACCAACUACCCUGUUAUGUGUAAUGAACUGAUAACCUUGCAAUGUCACCUUUGUUUUUCUCUAACAUUCUCUUUCUCCACAGGUUUACAUGUUCAAGUAUGACUCCACCCACGGCCGUUACAAGGGUGAGGUGAGCAUGGAGGACGGGAAGUUGAUUGUGGACGACCACUCCAUCUCCGUAUUCCAGUGGUGAGUGAUGACAUCAUCACGUGUGCUCAUGCGCGCUUGCGUGUGUGUGCGAGGGCCACUGGAAUGGCAUUUCUGUAUGUCUGAGUGAAGCUCCAUUCUAUGGGGCUAGGUUGAUUUGGGAUUGAGCAUGUGUAUGCCUCUUUCUCCCUGGCUCAUAGAGUAUUACCUCAGUGGUCUGUAAUCCCUCUGGCCAUUAUCUCCUCAGUGUUGCUAUAGGCCUUUUGAGGGCUGGCGCCACGCCACCUGUCUGCAAGGCCCAGCUCACAGUGAUAACAAUGAGGCUUAAAGGAAAUAUUCACCCAUUUUGAAUGUUACUGCUGUAGGAUCUUAAUUUGAGCCAGUUUGCUACAGCAGGAAAAUAAUCCUGCAGCAACAGGAAAUGUGAAUUUUAAUUAAUAGACAUCUUUUGUAGGGGUUGAUACAUUUUACGUUAGGGCAAAUCAAGUCUGAAAUGUUGAAGUGGAAAUUACAAACUUUAGAAGCCUUUUUAAACCUUGAAUAGACUGCAAGUUUACAUUUCCUGCUGUGCAGGAUAAUUCUCAUCAACAAAAGUGAUCAAAUUAAGAUCCUACAUCUGUAUAUCGUAUUUUUACAUCGCUGAGCUAUGUUUUAUUGAUCCCAGGGUAAUUUCAUGUUUUCAUGUGUAUCUGAGCUAUUGCCGUUCAAGCAGGCAGAAAUAAAUCCAGUAUCGUGUUGCAUCGAAUGAAAGCAAGGGAAUCGAUAGAACAUCGCUCAGAUGCACAAAUACGAUAUAACAAUCAAAAUGGGUGAAUUUUUCCUUUAAGGAGGGAGGCAGAAGAGAGAGAUAGACAUGAUGGGUAUUUGGUCAUGAGAGGAAAAUAGUGAUGUUUGAUUAUCUAUCACUUUCGCAUGCAGUUUUUUUUUCAUGCAGUGAAAUUAAAACUCUUCCCCUUCUCUCUCCAUUAGUAUGAAGCCCCAUGAGAUCCCAUGGGGUAAAGCUGGUGCCGAUUACGUCGUUGAGUCCACUGGAGUCUUCCUCAGCAUUGACAAGGCCUCUGUAAGUAGCAGUACAGACAGACAGACAGACAGACAGACAACACUGACACUCUUGUCCCCCCUCAAGCACUGAUAACUAUAGAUCUCACCAAGGCCUUGCAGCAGCCAAAUAAGUAACCCUAAUGUACUUUGUCAAAAUAAACCUAUGAAACUCAAAAGACUUUAUCAACAUAGUCAAUCAACAGUUCUCAGGUGUAUUAGGACAUGUCACUCAGAUCCAGACACAAGCAUUCAAUAUGAUGUAUUACAUGUGCAUGCAAGAUUUGAGACUUUCUUAAUGUGUUUUCUUUUCUGUUUCCACAGUCCCACAUCCAGGGUGGUGCCAAGCGGGUGGUUGUGUCUGCCCCCUCCCCCGACGCCCCCAUGUUCGUCAUGGGAGUCAACGAGGACAAGUACGACCCCUCCAGCAUGACCAUCGUCAGGUGAGUCCCUUUAUUCCUUACCAAUACCUGCCUGAUCAAAGGGCAAACUCUUCACAACAAUAUUCAAGAAUAGUCCAACUUUAUUAACGCUAGAAUAAUUGAUUAAACUGAAUUGGUGACCUAUUGUAAUUCUCUCUGGUCAUCCACAGCAAUGCAUCUUGCACCACCAACUGCCUUGCCCCCCUGGCUAAGGUCAUCCAUGACAACUUCGGCAUUGAGGAGGCCCUCAUGGUAAGUGUCCUUCUUAGACUGUCUGUCCAUGCAUCUUCAUGACCAGCAUGCAGGGAGCAUCUGCAUGUCUUCUUGUCCUAUGAUCCAUAUUGACACAUCCACUGACACUAUGGAACCCAUGCUAAUCUUUCCCUUCUUUUCUCUUCUCUCUUUCGCUCUGGUCGUCCUCUCAAGACCACAGUCCACGCCUACACCGCCACCCAGAAGACGGUGGACGGCCCCUCUGCCAAGGCAUGGCGCGAUGGCCGUGGUGCCCACCAGAACAUCAUCCCUGCCUCCACCGGAGCUGCCAAGGCUGUGGGCAAGGUCAUCCCUGAGCUCAACGGGUCAGUACAUGGAGUGUGUGUGUCACAGGAGGCUGGUUGGAAUGAAUGGAAUGACAUCAAACACAUGGUUUCCAUGUGGUUGAUACCAUUCCAUUGACUCCAUUCCAGCCAUUAUUAUGAGCCGUCCUCCCCUCAGCAGCCUCAUAUGGUGGGUGUGUUUUGCAUACAUUUAUGUGAUUGUGCCUACUACUUAUCAAAGAUGCUGAAUGCAGAUGUGUGCUUGAUGAAACAGGCUGCUUAUAUAAAUGCGGAUGUGAGCUCUCUCUCUCUCUCUCCCUCUCUCCCUCUCCUCUGUCAGCAAGCUGACUGGCAUGGCCUUCCGUGUGCCCGUGGCUGAUGUGUCGGUGGUGGACCUGACCUGCCGCCUGUCCCGGCCCGGCAGCUACGCUGAGAUCAAGGAGGCUGUCAAGAAGGCCGCCGAAGGACCCAUGAAGGGAUACCUGGGAUACACUGAGGACUCUGUAAGUUCAUUACAAAAUAUGUAUGUGUCAACAUGAAUGAUGAGCAGCAGUGGCAAUAGAGCUCAGUUUAACUGCCAAUUGUAUUAUGUGUUAUUAGCAAGUUGUAGUUAAAAAGCAGGGCUCCUAGAUUACAUAGAUCUCUGUAUACUGCAGGUGUUAUGUUGGUGGGUUUCUCAGUGCUCAUGUUUCCUGUCCCACCAGGUUGUGUCUUCUGACUUCAUUGGAGACACCCACUCCUCCAUCUUUGAUGCUGGCGCUGGCAUUUCCCUCAAUGACAACUUCGUCAAACUCAUUUCCUGGUAAGUUCCUCCCUUAGAGUAAAUAUUCAAUAAUUCUUCAUUCUAAUUCUAUGGUUCCUCCUCUGCUAAUGGUGGACUUCUUUUUGGUUAUUCUCAGCCCUCAACUAAACUAUGACCCCAUCUCUGUCUGUUUCUCCAGGUAUGACAAUGAGUUUGGCUACAGCCACCGCGUCGCCGACCUGUUGCUGUACAUGCAUUCCAAGGAGUAA